GCCAACCACUCACAGCCCGCCGCGGCUGUGACGGCGGCUGUGACGUAGGGCGGUGACGUCACCGCGAGGUCGCCUCGCUCUCGACGGGGAGCCCCGCAGAGGCCCCACGCGGCUCCCUGUGGCUCCCUCUGGCUCCCUGUGACUCCUGUGGCUCCCUGCGGCUCCUACGGCUCCUGUGGCUCCUACGGCUCCCUGUGGCUCCUGUGGCUCCUGUGGCUCCUACGGCUCCUGUGGCUCCUGUGACUCCUACGGCUCCUGUGGCUCCCUGUGACUCCUGUGGCUCCCUGUGGCUCCUACGGCUCCUGUGGCUCCCUGUGACUCCUACGGCUCCUGUGACUCCUACGGCUCCGUGACUCCUGCGGCUCCCUACGGCUCCUGUGACUCCCUGUGACUCCUGUGGCUCCCUCUGGCUCCCUGUGACUCCUGUGACUCCUGUGGCUCCUGUGGCUCCUACGGCUCCCUGUGACUCCUGUGACUCCUGUGGCUCCUACGGCUCCUGUGACUCCUACGGCUCCUGUGACUCCUACGGCUCCUGUGGCUCCCUGUGGCUCCUACGGCUCCUGUGACUCCUACGGCUCCUGUGGCUCCCUCUGGCUCCUGUGGCAGCGACAUCGGCGUGAAGCAGCCCGCCGGCGAGCGCGCGAGAGAGAACCGAGCGGGAAAAAUAAUCGGCGCGUCCCAACCACCGCGCCCGGCCGGCCCUCGCCGGCCCUCGCCGUGCGCGGGGAGGGCGGCCGCUCCGCUCGCCUCGGAGGCUGCCCCCUCCGUGCGCAGUGGCGGUCGGUCCGUCGGUCGGUCACGAGGAGGAGGUGGGGGGGGGGCGGCCCCCACCGAUGGCCUCCGCUGCCCUCGUGCACGGCGGGAGGCUGCUGAUCAAGCAGGAGCGUGAGGACGAGGAGGAGCCGCCACCGCCGCCGUGCGACGACGAUGACGAUGGCGGUAGCGGCGGCGCGUGGCCGGGCCUCGUCGUGAAGCGUGAAGGUGGCGAUGAUGUUGAUGGCGAUAACGGCGAUGGAGGAGGCUGGGCUCGCGGCCACACGGAGAAUCCGGAAGAGGGGCUAAGGAACUUUUCAUCGAUUGAAGCCGACGCGGCGGCCGCGCCCCCCCGAGACGCCGCCCCGCGCAAGCGCAGGAGGCCCCGGGAGAAGACGAUCGAAGCGGCGGUGCGCCGGAUGGCGGCGGGCGCCUACCCGGGUCGCCACGGCGGGGCGAGGCGCGAGACGCGGCCCUCCGUCGUGGCCGUGGGGCCCGACUGCCGCUGCAAGCGCGAGUGCUUCACCAAGGUGGACGAGGACUACCGACGGGAGGUCUGCUCCCACUUCUGGCGGGAGCUGGGCCGCGACGGCUACGACGCCCAGACGGCCUACCUCUUCGGCAGGAUCCUCGUGCAAGACGUCAAGCGGCGGUACUCCAAGAGCGCCCGGGACAAGCGCUCGUGCAGCGUCGCCUACCACGUCGCCACGCCGGCGGGCGGCGGCGGCGGCGGCGGCGGCGGCGACGUGCAGGUGUGCAAGAAGGCGUUCGCGAGCAUCUACGGGAUAUCGCGCGGCCGCAUCGACGUGCUCGUGUCGAAGAAGAAGAAGAUGGUGGCGAGGGGCGAGGCGGCGGCGGCGACGGCGGCGGCGGCCGCGGCGGCGGCGGCGGCGACGGCGGCGACGGCGGCGGCGACGUCGCUGCCGCGCGACCGCCGCGGCCUGCGCAAGGGCCGCCCGCGAGCCCUCGCCGAAAUCCUUCGCUUCCGGGCCGCGGCGGAACCCGCGGCCAAUUUCAAAAGUCAGCCGAGGGAGCAGCGGCCCUGACGGACGUGGGCCGGGAGGGGGGCGGGGGGGAGGUGCCGCGCUCCCCGCGGAUCGUCGCGGCGCCGUCACCACGGCGAGCUGCGUCCGCCGCGGCCGUCCGGAACGUUCUCUCCCGUUCCGGGAGCUGCGAUGCACUUUGACAUCGUCGUCGUCAUCGUCGUCUAGAUUGACAAACUCGUUUCUUGAGAACUGCUUGUUUUGCGUUUGGUUUGUUGUCCACCUCCCCCCCCCGCGCACCUCCGAUGAGCACG